AUGAGUAUAGACAAACCAAAGGCCGAGCUAACUAAAAAAAGAAGAGUUCGAUUCCAUACAAGAGUGAAGGAGCGUAGCUUCUACGAUUAUGUUGAAGAUGAACAAGACCACAGAAAUCUUUGGUGCACAUCCGCAGACUAUAGCGAAGCUCGCAAAUUUGAAGACGCACUACGGGAAUGUGUAUCUGCCAACAAAGAGCUCUACCGCAAGAAUACUGAAAACUUGAAUGCUCAGGGAGUCUUGACACACGAUCAAGCUGCAAAAAAAUACGCUUUGAUCGAUGCAUCGAUCGGCGCUGUCAUUGACGAACAAGAUAAACAAGAAAGUGCAUUCUAUGAUGACAAUAGCAUAACCGGCGAAAUGUUUUGCCAAAAUGAUGAGAGAAUUGCUGAAGUAUACCUCUGCCACUCAUAUGAAGCUCUGCAGCAAGCGCAAAGCAGAGCCAAUCGGCAUGCAAAACACGUGCAACAGAUCGCAAGUGAGCCUUCAAACGAAUCUGGCACACUUUCUCCUUCUCGCUUUGUGGAGAAGAGUAACUUUUCUCGUCUAUGUCAAAGGUCGAAAAAGUCGAUUAUGAUUGGACGAGGAAGAAGAAAACUUCCAGCAGGACCCUCUAAAUUUGUGAUAGAGAAGAGAUCUACGCAGGAAGUCAUAUGCAGCAUCUAA